CCUCAAAAGUCAAAACAUCUGUCACGAUUGUCAAAAAGGUCAAGAACGCCAACCAGAAAGCUGUCAACAAAUUUCAGAAAAAGGUGUCAAAAGUUCCGAAAAUUGGUAAGAAACCCUCGAAAAACAAGGGCGAAUCAGAGGAAUAUUCAGGCGGGAUAUGGGCGUAGCAAGUGGAAGGGAUAAGACAAAAAAUAGUGAAAAACGUGUGCAACUCCCAGGUUUUCGGCAGUUUUGGCUUUUGCUGAGGGAGGGAUCUUUUUUGAAAAAAGAACAAGGACGAAUGUCGAAUGUUCACUUGGAAAGGAGGUGCGUGUGUCGGGACGCCACGGGAAGAUGAAUAUUUGAAUAUUGAAAUAAUGAAAAGUUUAAAAAGUGGUAACAGAGCAAAGUGAGUUGAGCAAGAUGAGAAGAUCCUACAACUCGGAUGCCAGAACGACUGAUGGUCUUGAAGUAACCAGACGUUUGUACAGGGGUGUAACUGACAUUGCGAAAAGACUCGACGAACAGAAAAGCCACGCUCUGACAGUAUCGGACAUCUUUACACCAACUGGGGAAGCUUUACGCGCGAAAUUACGUGAUUAUUGUGAGAGGCUAAUUUUUAAAGAUCCGAUAAGUCAUGUGCGAAAAACAGAGGAACUGCUUUGGAGAAGAGGAUUCUACGAUGUCGUCUCUAUGGCAAAAAAAAUUCGAAAGGGCAAUGUUUGGAGUGAAGCAGAAAAAGCCUUACUAUCGGCUCAUUUGUCAGUUGGCGUUGGAUUUUACCAUCACUUGAUUCUCCGUUUACAAAUCGAAUGUAACUUGGACCUCGUCGGGGUGAUUGACUUUGCUUAUCCACACAAUGAAAGCACUUCGGCUAAUAUUAAAAGCAAAAGUACACCGUCGAAACUCCAGACUGAAGAAGUGAGACAGUGCGCAAUACGUUUUAUACAUCGAAGUUUGAUAUGCCUGGGUGAUUUAGCAAGAUAUAGACUAGAUUUAGAACCGAACUGGGAUCCAAUGAUCGCAACGAGAUAUUACAAGAUGGCAGUAGCAAUCGAUCCAAAUAUCGGAAUGCCUCACAAUCAAUUAGGAACGAUGGCUGGAAAUAAAAACUUCGGAUUGGAUGGUGUCUAUCACUACAUGAGAUGUAUUCUUUGCACGGAACCAUUCGAUGGAGCUGAGGGAAAUUUGAAAAGGACAGUAACUCUGCACUCCUUCAGUGGAAAAGAGAAAUGCCCAACUCAAGAGUGCAUUGCAAAAUUACUUUCUCUGCUUCAACUCUGGGAAUGCGAAGACACCAAUCCUGAUCGAAUAAAUCAGGAGUGCCAGGCAUUGCUAAACGUCAUUGAAACUUGCCUGACCCUCGAACGGUCCUUUCCGAGCAACAAAAAACCUCUAGAAGACGUGGACGACAUAGAAACUUACCUUCAGUCUUGUAAAAUAGAAGACAAUAUUUACCUAAAUGAUGACAUGAUUUUCAAAAUCAUGUCAAUCUGUCUCAUGACCAUAUCAAAAUUGCGCAACAAAGACUCCUGCGAUGUUCAGGGAGUCAUUGCCUUUACGCUGGCUGUGUUAUCUCAACUAGUUCACUCAACGAUUUUGAGAAUUCAGGAAUCCUUGAUCGACAUCUCGAUCACGAAUGGAGAGCAUGUAGAUUUGAAUUUACACUUUUCAGACUUCGAAAGCGAGUUGAUUAAAGAAGAGGAGGAAAUCAGUGCAAAGGAGGAGACUUCAAACGUACUCGAGUCAUUAGGUUUAAGUGAAAAAAACGAGAGAGAAACGAAUGGCCAUCACAUAAAUGGAGUCAAAAGCUCGAAGGACAAAUCUAAAAGUCUUUUGACUAAACUGCGUCGAAGGAAGCGAAGAAACAGUUCUGAUUCCGAUAAUAGCGACGCGGAUGGGAAUGAUGUUUUUUCGUCUAGUGAUGAAAUGAAUUCAGAUAUUUCUGAAACUGAGGAAGACGCUUUGAGCGGGGAGAAUCCGCACUCAGAUGAAGCUUUGUCUGAUGAUUUAUCUGAUGAAGAAGGACCCAAAGAUGAUCUUAAAUCUGAGAACGCGAAUGACAUUCACAUAAAUGGCCAUGAUCUUGCGAAUUCUAGAAACACUUCCGAUAAUGCUGAUGUCUUAGAAAACGGAAAGGACGUUAGUGAUGAUCAAGCCGAUAUAAAAUUCAACGAUAAGAGUUCAACCACGAAUUCUGGUAGUGUCAUAACUCUGACACCGAAUGUGGAUUCCAGCAGUGUUUAUGAAGAAAGUAGUGGAUCCACGAACACGAUAGCUUACGUCGCUCAAUUAAAGAAGCAGAGUCUAGACCAAAAUGUCAUUCUCGAUGUCCUCGCCUCUGAAGGAAUUCUCGCUUCGGUAAAAUUAUGUUGCGACUGGUUGAAAUGCAACCCAGAGAUCAUAAAAACCUGCUCGAAGGGUUCGAGAACUCUGAUGAAACGCAUAACUACCUUGCUCAAUUUAACAAACAUCGACUGGAAUCUUGCGAAAAAUGGAGAGGAACACUCGGUUUUUUUGUCAAGGAUAGACAACUUGGAAGAAGCAGUAGCGAAAGUUCCUCUGCCUGAGGAUGUUAAUUUAAGAGGCAUGAAGGAUUUAGAAGAAGCUCACAAGGAUCUAGACUGGAAAUUGUUGAGGAGAUUUAAAAUAGAUAGAAAAGAACGCACUUUGUUAAGAAGCUUGAAAUUGAUGCAGUUUGGAAGAUAUUUGAGUUCAAUUGAAGACUUGCGAUUAUCGUAUAAUGAAGAGACAAAAAUGUUUGUUAUGGAUGACUCAGAUAAUUUAGUUUCAAUUGGCGGGGGAGAGAAGGAGGGAAAGAAAGCGGAUGUUGAUCAUCCAAGAGGCAAAUUGAUGAGACAUAUGGGAAGAUUGUGGCUGAAGGCAGAAGUUAGAGCUUUAGAGAGCAGAUUGAGAUCAAGACUAAUGUCCCCUUAUUUGGUUCCUGAUCACGAGGCUUUGGCCAAACACACACCAGCCUUGAAGCGACUUGUUUAUGCGAAAAAGUUCAUCAUUGUCAUCCCCGCGGUUGUGGUUUCUGCUUUAGACGAAGUCAAGCGUACGAGCGCUCAAGCGAGAGAAGCCACGAGAUGGUUGGAAGGACAAUUGAGACGUGGAUCUCGAUUUCUUAGGGCGCAGAGGCCUCAUGAGCGAUUACCAAUACCUCUAAUUAAAGGUCCCAGAUCGAAAGAUAAGGAGGCUUGGCUCUACUUCCAAAUAAUCGAGUGCUGCCAUUAUCUCACCCAACAAUCUAAAGUCGGCUUGACCAGCGACUCAGAAAUUCCAGUCGUCACCUUACUCACCGGAUGCAGCGCCGAGGACCAAAAGACACUUACUGUCAGUCCCGAAGGAUUAGCGAAAAGUGCAGGAGUUAAUCUCGAGCACAUCGAAGCAUUUCACACUAAGUGGAAAGCUUCUAGCAAGAGCCACGGUUGAACGCAAUCGCUUUGCUGUGAUAAGUGCCAGCUUUUUUUCUCGCGUCGAA